AUGACGUUGAUCAAUUCAACAGUGGUGUUUAUAUCGCCGAAACCAAAUCCACGACAACAAAUAUUGGUGAGUGAGGUGCCUCGUAAACCGAAUCCAAAAUGUUACACGUGUUCGGAACAACGUGAAUUGAUUGUGAAAACGAACACAAAACUGACGACGGUUCGAUCGUUCGAAGCGAAAUUCUUGAAAGGAAUUUUGAAUAUGGUAGCGCCGGAUGCGAUCAUCGCAACCAACUCGAAUAUUAUCGUUUCGAGUGAAGAGGGAGAAACUGAUGCGAUUGCCGAUCGUAAACUGGAAGAAGUUGGAGUGGUGAAUGGAUGUUUGCUGUCUUGUGAUGACUUUCUGCAGCAAUUCAAAGUACGCGUUCAGGUGUCGCAUGAUGGCACGUUAGAG